AGUUCACUCAUCAUGGAUCACUUGAACUUCACCAACUCGUCAUCACCGGUCAACUCACCAUCACCUUCAAAGCCCAAAAGAAAGCAUCAGCAGCAGCAACCGUCGCCCCCCCUCCAAACCCACCAAGACGACGGGGCGGCCCCAGCGAGAUUCCUUGGGGUGAGGCGGCGGCCAUGGGGCCGGUACGCGGCUGAGAUACGGGACCCCACCACCAAGGAGCGGCACUGGCUCGGGACCUUCGACACGGCCGAGGAGGCCGCCCUCGCCUACGACCGGGCCGCCCGGUCCAUGCGGGGCGCUAAGGCUCGGACUAACUUCGUCUACUCCGACAUGCCCCCGGGCUCCUCGGUCACCUCCCUCGUCUCCCCCGAUGAGGCCCACAGCGACAUCGCCGCGCUCUUCAUCUCUCAGCAUCAUCAUCAACAACAAGAACAACAUCAUCAAAAUAACAAGAACAACAACAACCCCACUCAUCAGCUCUUUUACUCGCCGGGCUCCAUGAGCGCCUGCAACGUGGACUUCACGUCCGGGCUGCCAGCCCAAAACGGGUGGGCCGACGGGUCCCUCGGCGGUGGUCCCUACGAUCCGGUGACGGGCAUUGCCGACUUCGGGCACGCGGCCCGCCCGCAGUCCUACGACGAGACCGAGCUCCCGCCAUUUCCGCCCGACAUGUCCAGCUGCUACGGGUCGGGCUUGGAUAUGGGCCACGGCGGUUGGGCCGAUAUGGGCUAUUUGGGGCUGCAAGAGCAGGGCCUGAGCAGCAACGUGCCUGGGCCGUCAAACGGGCCGUACAUGGGCUUUGACCCGAACGAGUUCGUGGAGCAACCAGGCCCACUCUUCGGGAGGAUGCCGCAGGUCUCGGAUAAGGGCGUGGACGGGUUCGAUUUGGGCUCGUCAUCUGCGUACUAUUUUUAG